UAUUCAAUAAAACGGUUGUCGUUACAAAUUUUAGAAGUCGAUUACCGCACGACAAUGGCCGCCGGAAACUACCUACCGACGGCGGAAUUAACGGCAAGUGGCCGGCCAGUUCUCUACCCGGGCGAAAUUGAAAGCAGUCUGCUCUCUUCCGUCGACCUUUUAUCAGAAGAAAACCCUAAUUUUCCCCACCUUAAAUCCGGUCUCCUCAUUCUCACCAAUCACCGCCUCCUAUGGCUUCCCAACUCCACCCCAGUUUCAUCUCCCACCCCUGUACACAUCCCGCUUUCCGCCGUCUCCCACAUUUUUUCACUAAAAAAGUCGAUUAAAUCUGUAUUUUCAACCCCUAGGAUAAGAUUCCAGGUCUCAGUGACUUCCGAGGGGAGAGUAGACGAAAAGGGCUUAAGAUCGAUCGUAAUUGCUUUGGUCUUGAGAGGAAAAUCGGACCCAGAGGCGUUUCUUGGGAAGUUCUGGGAGGCAUUGAAGGUGAGGGCUUGGGAGGAGAUUAAGGUUGGUGCAAGUGGAGCUGAGGCGGGGUCAAGUUCGGGGUCCCGGAGUGGAGAGGGGAGCUUGGCGCUGAGGAUGCCGGUGGUUGGAGUUGCAGGGAUUUUGAGGAAGGAGCAAGAAAUGUGGGAAAGUACUGAUAAAAGUUUGCAGGAUGCAUUUCAAGACCUGAAUGCUCUCAUGAGCAAGGCUAAGGAGAUGGUUAUGCUAGCUGAGAAAAUGAGGUUAAAGCUUCUCGCUGGUUCAAAUAAUCAAGCAACUGGGGCAGCCGAAGAUGAACUGGGUACCAAAGAAGAGAUGCAAGAUUGGUUAUUAAGUGUAGGUAUUGCAUCUCCAGUUACAAAAGAGUCUGCUGGUGCUUUGUACCAUCAACAGUUAUCACGCCAGUUGGCAGAUUUUGUUAGGAUUCCCUUAGAGAGAGCUGGAGGAACAAUUAAUCUCAUAGAUGUCUAUUGCCUUUUCAACCGGGCUCGUGGCACAGAAUUAAUAUCACCUGAUGAUUUGCUUCAAGCAUGUUCUCUGUGGGAGAAGUUUGAUGUGCCGGUGAUGCUUCGGAAAUUUGAUAGUGGUGUUAUGGUCAUCCAGAAUAAGGCUCACAGUGAUGAUGAGGUAAUUUCUUUACUCAUAUUGAGUUCAAUUUUAUCCACUGUAUCUGUGUGUUUACAUUUUCUGUGCCCUGCUUCUUGGUUUGAGGUGCUUGGUUAAAUGAUCUUAAUCUGUUUAUAUUUUAAAACUUUAUAUGAAACGUUAGA